AUGUAUUUACAAACGACAGGAAAUAAGGUAUUCUUAUGCAGGUGCUUAAAGUUGACUUGCUUUGGAAUUGGAAUCUUAGGUCUAGGUCAAACGUCGAACUUUUCAUGAGACAAACCAAACUCUAAUUUGGGUCGACCUAAAUUAAGUUAAGAUUGACUAAACUUAGGACGCGUCGAACCAAUCACCUGAAUCAGAUCAGUUAUAUUUUUUCUCCCGAAAAAGGCUAAAUAUACAAUGUCAUACAAUUUUUUAAAUUUAUUAAUUUAGUUCCGGUCGUCGCAUGUGAAGAUCGACGUUUGUCUCCUAGACGAUCCUCAGACGUUCAGACGGAUGGAACGUGUUGGACGAUCCAAACACAUUCAGACGAACUUAACUGAGCCAGACGUCGAACUUUUCAUAAACCUAACUUACUAAGUUUGAUUCGUCUCAUGAAAAGUUCGACGUUUUGCCUCGGCCUUAUGUCGCUUUUCAAAAGCCAGAACUUGCCGGUCAGACCGGUCAUUUUCAAAAUGAAACAUUAGCCUUUUCUCCAAAAUUUUACUUAACCCAAUAACUGCCCUGUAUACCAUUUCAGAAUAGACUGAUCUGGCGGAACAGUCCUGAUUAAUAGUAAAAAUCUCCUCACGAUAGGACUGGUCUCGCCAGCAAGUUCUGACAACGGGAAAGCACCCUUAGUAAGACUCAAAAUAGCUGUAAAGCCGCCUCUCUCGACAAUCUGUUUUCCUUUUUCUUUACUUUAAUCUUGUAAAAAUUCCUGGAAAGGUUUUACGAUUUGUACAUUAGCUUACAUUGAUUUUGUUUAUUUGUUGUUUAACAGACAUUGAUGAACUGCCUUGCAUUCUGGAAAUCACUUCAAGAGUACAAUGCAUAUUUUUUUGCUGAUGCGCUAAAUCCUUCUCUGCUUUCAAGAAAAGCAAGGGUAUGUUCACCUUUCUUUUCUGGGCCUAGUUACACAAACCUGUUUUCCUUUGGCAAUAUACGCAACUAAUUGGCGACGCUUUUCAAAUAGAACCUAUUCAAAACCAUGCUUUGGUCUCCCCUGGUAGAUCAUACAACCUCUCUUUUCUAUAGUCCGUCAUCCGAAUUUAAGAGGAACCUCCACUUCAACGAAAAGAUAACUUUAAAUCACAGGAAAUAACUGUUACAGUCAAGUCAAUCUAAAAUAUUUUUAAAGAAAACGUUUGUAUCCGAAAGAAAUAACUUUUAGAUUCGCCUAUUUUUGUUUUCAAAUUUUGCGGGCGUCGCCAUCUUGAAUAAUUGUGACGUGUAAUGGUUGCCCUAUUGUUAUUAAACAAAAGCUCUUUGUGUCAGAACAAUAGAGCAACCGUAACACGUCACAAUUAUUCAAGAUGGCGGCGCCCGCGAAAUUUGAAAGUGAAAAUUAGCGAUUUUAAAAUUCACUUUUCCUGAUAUAAACACUUUUUUUAAGACAAAUUUCGAACAAAUUUGUUUAUCAACAUAAUUUUAUUCGAUUUAAACUUAUUCUGUAGUAAGAGUGGAGGUUCCCUUUAAGAGGGAAGAAAAUGGCCACACGAGCAAAUGGAGGCGAACGCUAUCGCCUCUUGCGUGUCACAAUCUCACCGCUUUUGUCUCGCAUGUUAUGCGUGGCGAAAAAUGGAAAAGGUCGAUAAUACUUCAGCAUUGAACGUAGCCUCGACUGACAGAUCACCAGACUAGAUCCCUAAAUUACAGUUUUUGUUUGUAUGUUACAGACAAUGUAUGCUAAUUUCGUGGUGUCGGGCAGUGGGCAAGAGGUUCACGUAAGUAGUGACAUUCAGACGCAGGUGCUUAAAGAGCUAGAGCCGCCGUUUGAGGAACUCUUUGAUGCAGUGGAGGAGCAUGUACUUCAGUCUUUGUUGGAACCAUGGAAUAUGCUCAUUGCCCAGGAGAAAAAUCAGUACAAAGAUGAGGUGAGAAUAACUGAGCUUACUAUCAUGCAAAAAAGGGCAAAACAUCUGCAUUUUGGCGAGCAACUGUGUUUGUAAACACGGUGCAGUGUUAAUGUAAAAAAAGUAAUGCAUUCCACUUUUUACGCCAAAAAGAAUCGACUGGCAAAAUCCUUCAUAAUUGGUUCCUUUUAAGCCGGCGUAUGUAUGGAAAGUACCCCCUCCCCACCCGUGAAUAACGUUGAUUACAAACGCUAAACCAAAUAAAAUCUAGACUAGAUUACGGUGAUAUAGUCUCUUUAAGAGUUAUUGGUCUGGCCCUAGUUACUCCAAUAUUGGUUAGCGCGAUCCACCGGCGGAUUAAUCACUAUCCAGCGGAUAAGUAUUGGGAAACCAAUUGUGUUAUCCUGUGGAGAGAGAUUUUUCCAGUAGCCUGUUCCAGGCUCCUAUAUAGUCGGGUACGCGAAAUUGAGAAAGCGCGAACACGAAAAUAAGCAGUUCCUUUUCCUCGCCUCCGCCGCCUCCUUUUCCCAGAUCGCGCGUUCAUAUUUUUUCGCAUGCCUUUUACUUACGCGUCACCCCUACUAUCUGAGAGCCUGUAACAGGCUAUUUAUUUAGUGGAAAGCGUUAUCCACAUUUCGAACAACUGUUCCGGUGAAGCUCUGUCAUCGCGUUGAUUUCUUAAGUAAGUUAACUUCGCGUUGUCUUUCCCCAGCGAGUCGUUUGAGUGGGAAUAUAGCACAAUUCAUGGGUGAGUCAAGUCCCGGGGAGUGGUUUUGUCUCGCUACAGAAGCAGGGUGCCCCUCAGCUUGUGAGUCCUUUGAAUCUUAACAGUCUUCUGAGUUAACUGUUUUAUCACUUCAGGUUCGUACCGAACAAAGACUGAGGCAUAUAGAAAUCCAAGUGACCGCACGACGAAGGCAAAGCAUCGUCCAUACUAAUGGAGGGGUAAGAAAUUUAUUUUUGUGAUCAGAAUCAAUUUUCCCAUUUUGAUACUUGGUUAUGGUCUUGAGAAUAAAGAAUUUAAUCAUCCUGGAUAAAGUACCUCGCUAAAGAAAAUGGUUUUCAAACAUGCGACGUGCGAUGGAGGUAGUUGUAUUGUAAGAAACACACAAAUGGCACUUCAGAAAGCACUAGGCAUGGCUUUUUGUACAUCUGCGCUACUUCCCUUUCCAGAUAAAUGGGACGACGACGUGACAAAGGAAUUGGUAUUAUGAGCAAACAACGGCUCUGCAUUUGCAUCACGCUUUUUAUUACAUUUCUUUGGCUAAGACGAGGAACUUUCUGUUACGUUUUGUUAUUGAGACGAUAAAUUCUCCUUUCUCCUUUUGAAUCUGGAUAAAGUCCUUUUAAUUCUUAAAGGAUUCAACUACUGGGAAAAUCUCCAGUAUUUGACCAAUCGAGUGGGUCUACAAUAAAAUGUACGCAGUUCUUUUUAUGCUACAUGUUUUAACUGCUUAAUUAGGUGUCCCCUAUUACCGGAGGGUUUUCCCUCCUGCUAGAUAGUUUACGGACAAGUUAAUAAAGUUCGUUCGUUCGUUCGUUCAUUCAUUCAGUCAGUCAUUCAAUCAGUCUGUCAGUUAGUCAUUCAUUCAUUCAUUCAUUAAGUAAAGUUUGAAAGAAUGGGAGUUUAAUUUUUUUAGUGACGUGAUAGUUGCAGUGCACCAGUUAUACUGAUCAGUCUUCAAAUAAGAUUGUUUAAUUUUUGUUGGUUUAUGAAACUGUCUUUUAAACUCCAUGCAAGGAACUGUGAGUAGCCCCACCUUUUAGUUAACCAAGUACUGUACCCUCAUGCAGACGCAUUGCUUUCUCUCUUUCAGCUUGGUAAUGCUGAAGAAGACCACGAAAAGGAGCGGAUAUCAGUGGAGGAAGCGAACAGACCACUUCCGGUACCGAAAGACGGCGUCACAUUUGAAUCACUUAUAAGGAACAGGGAAGAAGUUGAACAUUUUAAAGAGUUCCUAAACAAAAAGCAUGCCAGAGGUAACUGUUGACUUUAUUGUUUUCUUUUCUUUUUUCUUUCUUUUUUUUUUACGUACGUUCUAAAAUUGGAUUCGCUCCCUGCAAAAGUACGUUUGUGAAUAUCAGUAUUCUCUAUCUCAAAACCUUAGUAGGUGGGUUCACACUAGGCCCUAAGUGUACUUGAAAAGUACUUGAAGUACCCUAAAGUUUUUGGUAAGAGAUGAAGUAAUCGAAGUACGGGAAACUUGCUUUGAUCAUCUUAAACCCUCCUCGACAAUCUUUUGUGUUCGUUGCUUCAAGUGCUUUUAAACACUUAAACAAAAUCGUAUUUCAGAUUUUGCAGGCUUUUUGCUUGAGGUAAGAAAUAAAACGCUUUUAAGUAACCGCGUUUUAUACUUGUCGUAAAUUUCACUCCAGAUUCUUCCUCUCUUUUUUGCCGAUGAGCGCUUUUGUUGUUCUUUCUUUGGUCCCCUUGCUACCAAGAGCUCUUCUGUUUCUUCCCUGGUCCAGUCUGCACUUUUUUGGUUGUUUGAACUUCUUUGAGUAGUUGUAGUGUUCUUCUGUGUCUUGUUUGAGUCGAGAGGUUGACUCAUGUCGUAAAUUAUGACUACUUAGCACUGCAGAUGGACACGAAAAAUUGGCCUGAACGGUUUGAAAUUAAGAAUAAACUGCAUCCAACGAAUCGCAAAACGCGGAAGCCGCUCUUCGUGGAACAUAUGUCAUUUCGUUUCCAUGGCCAAGUCUUCAAUUUACGUUGCCGAACCAAUUCGUGAAUCAAAACUGAGAAAAACCUGCUUAUAUUUCGAGAAGAUCAGUAUCUCCAUUGCUUGUGAGAGUGAAAACUGCGGCUGCACGUGCAGUGUUUUAAACGUAUGGAGUUUUUUUUAUUUCCGUGGCCGCACGAUGCGGUCAGAUGUGUUUCGUUUGGGCAAUGUGGGCUUGCCAGGAACGUAUCAUGUUAGAGCGGUAAAAUCUUGUAAUUCGUAUAACUUGACCGUAACUUGAAUUCUCAUUUCGAUUCUGUUCUUCCAGUCCAAUUUCUGAUAUUCUUUUCCCUUACAUGCUUGCAGGCCUCAAAGAUCUUAUGGCGUGGACAGACAUGGAAACAUUUCGCCGCGUUCCUCGCUUUAUGGAAGAAAAACGUGACAAGAAAGCCAGGGAAAUCCGAGAAAACUGGCUCGGCAAAAAGUACUUUUUUGGUCCCGACAGCCCGGCGACUAGAGAAGGACGAAACUUGGUAAGUAAUCGGUCACGCGGAGUGAGAAAAUAAAACGAAUAACUCAAGAAUAAAAAAAUAGAUUUUCCAAGCUUUUUAGGUUGAGCCGUUUUCCCCUCUGUUCCGUAGAUUAUGGACCUUAAUGGCGGCCGACCGAUUAAAGAGCGACCCGCGUCACCUGUUAUCCUCGAAAGCCAGAAGUUUGUACGCGCACGCAUCGAGCGGCGUUGGUUAAUGCUUUUCAAACAGACCGUAGAAUUCCUCGAGAGACAGAAACCCAAAGUUGCAACGGUUCCAGAAAUGGUGGAGGAUAUAAUGCUCAAGAGAAGACUUCAGCGGAGCGAGGCUGCUUGGAAGGUAAAUAUAUCUUUUUUUGCGAACGUAGGCGCUUUUUUUCGUCAUUUGGAACGCUGAGGAAAACUAUGUAGAGUUCGUGAAGAGUGUAAUCAACAGGGUGGGUCAGACAAUUUCUUCAACGUGGCCAAUUUCCAGCUACACAUCGUACCAUUAGCCAAUCAGAGCAUUUGUUUUAUAUUUGGCUAUUGCGUAAUUUUUUAUAACGCUUAUUUUUUUCAUUUUUAUUUUUCUCUGACGUAGAUUCUUAAUAGCAGAUGGGUCUCAUCGUCACGUGACGUGGUGGCAUUACGUCAGACCCUUUUAAAUCCCAGCAGCUGUAGCGAGUUUAGUGCGUUUGUCGCAGUUAAAGGAGACACACUGGAAAGUAAUGUUCAGUUCUGGCUUGAAGUGCAGAAAUUCAAAGUAAGAUAUAUGCACGUGUUUUGUAUAAUUAACUGCACUUUCAGGUCGCGUGACAAGUGACGAAACAUUCCACCGUUUCUUAGUGUCUUAGGGAGUUAAAGCAGAGACGUUUCUGAGUGACGCACGUAAACCGGAAGUGAGCCGUUUUCUCUUUUAAUAUGCCUUGACGCUACUAAAUUUGUAUGGCUAGGUGUUUUUACGCUUAUAGAGACGAUUUGACCAAACAUUUAUUCAAAAUCACGGCUCAAGAGUGCAAAAAAUCUACUUCCGGUUGACGUGCGUCGCUCAAAAACGUCGCUGAAUAUUCAGUUUUUUUUGACAGCUUAUUUCGAGGUUCGUUAGUGACAACACGUGUGUAAAUGUCACGAGUUGUAUCGUAUGACUUCCAGCUCAGUUAGCACAGCUCUUUAACAGUUUAAAAAAAUAGAAGCCAAGAUGCGAAAUUACUUAUUUUAUGCGAUAUUUUUAAUCUCUAAGAUGAGCUUUGACUUGUUCCAACAUUCCAUUUGUACACUUAGCUUGUAACCUAUAUAAAGUGCUGCUUAUUUUGUCUCAUGAAAGGUUUGUGUUUCACUUGCGUCUCAAGUAGUGUGCACACAUAAGCAUUAAAGUUUCGUCCUUUCCAGCUGUGAAACUCGUAAACUACAAUCUGAUACUCUCGUAUGUUCUAACUGUUCUCCUGCCCUUGGUGGGCUGUUCGUGUUAGCUUGUGUUACAAGGUUAUAUUGUUGUUUAUUUGUUUCUGACUGUGGUAUAUGAACAUUACAGGAUUUGUGCCACGCACAUGCCCUGCCAGCUCUGAUCCAACGUAAAGUACAGACCAUUAUAGAUUGUUUCCUGAACUCGGCGAUUGCACCUGAGUUACAGAUCGAUAUACCUAUUGAGAUGGCCGAUAAGCUUAUGGAAAGGCUGUCCGGGAGGAAUCCUUCUCUGCAUCCUUAUGUCUUCAGAGAAGCACAGGUAAGGAGUCGGCAUUAGCGACCUUAAGAUCCGAUGACGGCGACGGCAACAAGAACGUCAAAAAAGCAAUAGGUUUAAUAACCAAAACAAUUUUGCACGUGCAUCACGCUUUUUUGUACAUUUCUUUGCCGACGCUGCACGACUAGGACGUGCUGAAGUGCCUAAUUUCACGUUUUACAGAGGAAGUACACAAGCAGCGACGAAAUUUCUUCUCUCUUUCUGAACUUGGAUAUGGUUCUUAGGAAUUCAACUUUAGGAGGGUUCACCUUCAUUUGACAAAGUUAGUGACUUGGAGUAAUCGCGAUGAAGAUUGAAAGAAGGCGAAUUCACUUUUUCAGCGACCUUUUCGCUGCCAUUGCCGUCCUCGGAUCUUAAGGUUCCUAUUAAAAACGAGAGGACGGUAAAGAUUUCUUUUAAGCAAUUCAGACAAGCAAUUCAAUGAAAAAACUUGGAUGGAAACAGUGACACCCCGAGGUGCUUGUAACCAGUGCCAAGAGAACAGGGAACGGUUGCUAAUGGCGGGAAAACUUGUAAUCCACACCAAAGGCGCGAAAACAUGUCACGGGUUCCAAGCGCGGAAAAAAAAAACAAAAGUUGUCAAGAACCGAGAACGUUGGUCCAGUUCUUUGGUGGUGUUAGUUCACUUGCAAUGUGUAUGUAUGUUCUACCUGGUUUUUAAGGAAGCUCAUUGAAUUUUUCGAAUUCAUUCAUUUUUGCCGUGUUCAAAUGAAAAUGUGCGCGCAUAUGGUUUGACAUCUGCUAAUAUCGUUCACACAGGUCUCCAAUUUUCCCAAAGAAAGGAAACUUUAGAAAUACAGUCUUCUUCGCGAUCGCACAAAUGUAUUGUUCUUUUCGUUUUUCAGAUGACAGUAUUUCGAGUUUUGUUUAACCACUGGAAGGAGUUUGUGACUCAGCGGAGCAAAAUCCCCGAAGGUGUACAUCCUCGAGAACAUUUCAAAGAGCUACUGAGCAGGCACAGAGCAGAUACGAAGUCCAAGAAAGAGGCCAGUGAACGAAGGAGGCUGGCGCGUCUCAGUGCAGAGAGAAAAAAGAAAGAGAAGGAAGAAAGAGAAAAGAAACGAAUUGAAGAUCUUGCUAGGUGGGCAAAUAGGUCAUGUUAAGGUUGUGAGUAAGACUGGGUCGGGGUUGUGCGGAAGUGCAUCAUGGGACUGUUUUGAAGACGCUAUUGCUUCUUCUAUCGGUUGUUACGGGGUUGCACAGGAUUCUGGGUCAAAAUUCUUUUUUUUUUUUUUAACGGACGCUAUCGCUUCUUUUAUCGGCCAUUACGGGGUUGCGCAGGAUUCCAGGUCAGAAUUCUAUUUUUUUUUUGUAACGGACACUAUUGCUUCCGUUAUCGGCUAUUACGGGGUUGCGGAGGAUUCUGGGUCAAAAUCCUUUUUUUUAAAAAAAUGGUCCCACAGUCCAAUUCGACAGGAUACCAAUUCAGUCUCACGCGUAUUGCAAGCGGCCAAUACAUCAGUUCUUUCAGUACUGGAUCAGAACAACGGAAGAGAUGAAUAAACAAGGAUGGCAAGCUUAUUAAGGUCCUUGAUAUAACAGAGGCAUAGUGGCAGACGCAUUCACUGCCGCUUCGCUCUUCGUUAUGUUAUAACAAGUUAAAAGACCCUAAUUAAACCAGGGCUCCAAAAAAGUGCCUUUCGGUAGUCUAGGACAAGAAGAGUUUGGAUCUUUACACGUUUCUGGGAAACUGCCCACCUACCCCUCCCCUAAACCAACAUUAACACUUCUCACUUAGGGCAAACGCACGUAGCUUUUGAAGCUUGCUCAGUGCCCAAUGGCCAAAGGUCCUUGCAAGCCAUCUUCUAAUAAUACCUUUAACUAAGUCGAGCAAGAAAUGGCUCGGACAUGGCUGGACCUUUUAUUUUGAUUUUAACUUGUUUCAAAGCAUCAUUUUUAUAUGAAUACUGUCGCAAAACUUUUAAUGAAUAUUUUAGGAAGCAUGUUUUUCUUAAUUUUAUACCACAUUAGUCAUUCCAAGUAGUUACUUUGGUAGUAUUUUAAAUAGUGUCCCCUAUUAGUAGGCUUUAAACAGGCAGCUUGAAGAUUUCUUGACACUUAAAUGAGGCUCAUCCUUAUCAUCAUCAUUUAUAGUUUGUUCAGUAUGGAAACCGCUUCCAUUUUCUACUCCGAAGAGGAUGACCUACGAUCGUGGUUUUACUCUAAGCAUUUGGUUGAACAAGAACGCCAAGAACACAUCAAGAGACUCAGAGAGCAAGGAAUUAUCAUCCCGGAAGAAGAACUUGUAGAGGAGAAAGGUGAGCCUACCAUGUUUUAGUUUUGUGCUAAAAAACUUAUAUUAGUUAAUCUCAGUCAGUUUUUUAGCCUGCGAGCAAGCUCUCCAAUUGUGGCGAACUAAGCGAACCGCCGAGAGAACGCACGAGCGAGCGGCGUCUCCUUUCGCAUGACGACUCGCUAUCCCCCCAAAUAUGGAGAACUUGCUUGCUUGCUCUCAGGCUAACCGUUUUUAAGCAGUGACUCAAAAAUUGGGGGUAUGGGAAAGAGGCAAUACAAAAAAGGCAAAACAGGCAAAGGCGCACUCGAGCCAGAGGCCCAAACGGCCGAAGCUUAUACCGGUUUCCUUAGCAUGAAGUUGCCUGGGAGUAUUGCUACUCCCCCCUGGACGGGAUGCUUGUCUAUUGCGGACGGGCGAGGCUCGAACCCCGGACCUCCAGAUCCAGGGUUCGAGGUGUUAACCGCUCCGCCACACACGCGUCCACCAAAAAGCCUUCUUUUUUACUCUUUUUCUGUUGUUUUUUCAAGUUUUUUAUAUUAGCCAAUCAUAUGUAUCGAUUUAAUUGAAAUUAAAAAUUUUGAAAACGUUCACACUUUUCUAACUACUUUUCCUGUGCGCCUGCCCACCUCUUAGGGGACCAUUACUUAAAAAGGGUAGCUUCUGAAAAUCCGAUCCCCAAACUUUCCUUUUAGAGAGGCCUUUGUAGAAAGAUUUUAUUGAGACCAGUGCUGGACAGGAUAAGCUACUUAUUGUACGCCUAUUUUUGAAUUAAAAUGAGAAAUAAUCCCAUCUCGUGUUUCAAGAAAGUGACAUCUUUUCUUUUGGUCUCUUCGGUAGAAGAAACAAAGAGCAGAAGAUCACGUGUGUCUAUGGCGAAAUCCUCCAUACUUGGCAAGAAAGGUAUGAAAUUGUCCUUUUUUAAAACGUAUAACGUACGGGCAAGAAAACAAUUUAGGAGGUUCGAUAACUUAUCCGUCAAACAUCGGGCCUACAACCCUCAUUAACUCAUAGUUGACUUCCUCUACUUUCUUAUUUAUUUCAGUUCAUGAAGCUCUAAGUGACAAGAAAAGUAGUGAAGGUACGACUGUUAGAGGCCUGUAAAUACAGUCGACUCCCGAUAACUCGAACCUUUUAGGGAAAUCGAAAAAGUUCGAGUUAUCGAGUUAGAAGAUAAGCAAGUGGGUGGGGAGGCAGUGCAAGUAUCAUGCACACUUCAAUUCAAGGCAGCAAGAGAUAUAUGAAAUAUUUAGGAAACUGAGAAAAAGUAGGAAUUAAGCAACAAAGCUUGAUCAAUAUACAGGACUGGACAAAUAGCAAAAAGGCAAAGAAUACACAGCUGUUUUGAAAUAAAUUUAAUGUUUCCGACUACAAUACACUGUUUUUUUUACCGAGGGUAAAAUUAAAUGGAAAUAAUCUGAAGGGAACCAAAAUUACCGUACUUUGAGUUAGCGGGAGGUUCGAGUUGUCGAGGGUUCGAGUUAUCGCGAGUCAACUAAAUGUUUUACUUUGAAAAGGAUAUGUCUCUGAUCAGUUCACCAGUACAGUAAGAAACCCGCUGCACAGCUCACGUUUCGUAAUGCAACUCACAUUUUUAACGUGCAAGGGUGUCGCGUUCUUUAGCACUCUUCCUAGUGAUUCUCUAAAUUUUUAUGUUCUAACUAGUGUCUUAACGUCACUUCCCACGUCUUGUAUUUUCUUAGGUUCUUCAAGGAGACUCCAAGCAAAGCUUCUAAAACCCAACGCUAAUGGUCAACUGUUUACCUCGUUGGGCAGGCGCAGUUCUGUAGUUUCUACCUCUGUGUCGGUGACUCGCCGGAACUCUGGAGUGUCAUUGGCGCUUUCUCGCAAAGAUGAGAAAGUUAGCACGGUUACCUCCGUGAAAGAAGAAAAGAUUACCGAGAAAUGUGAUGAUAAGGAUCUUUCCCUUAAAGACACAAAAGAAGUAAAGCAAGCGGAAAGAAAGAGCCCGGAGAUUCAAGUUAUUCCGCUACUGUCACCUGAAACUACACAACAAACCGCUCAAGAACGAAAGCUGCUACCGCAGCGCUCACGGAGCUCUAAGCGACUGUUAUCAAGCAAGCAGCCACCCAAGUCUGCAGGGACGAAACCAGUUCCACUGGAUGCUAUUUCCUGCAUUAGUGACUAUAGCAUUUUAAGUAACAUUGAGUUUGCACCACGGCCAAGGACCACGGCAGGGAAAAAUGGCCACAAGGAAGCCGGAACCUCUCUACUGACGUCAAAAUCUCUUAAGGACUUCACAAAUUCCCCAGAAGGUAAAACUGCAGGUUUUCUUUAUUUCAUCCACUGAUUUUACAAUAUUAAAUCAAAACAGGCUUAUUUAAGUGGUAAAUUAAUCCACUGCUGCGGUUGACAUUGACCGCGGCCGAGUGAUUGACAAUAGGCCAUUUCCGAGGUUCCCCUGGGCCUCUGUAUCAAAACGAGGUUAAGUGCUCAGCUUUUGAUACGGCAAUGAUUUUUCAUUCUUGUGCAAAUAAAACUCAUUUUCACAAGAAAAAUCGUGCACUUGGCCUCGUUUUGAAAGUGAGGGUUUUUGGAACUCGGAAGUGGCCUAUUAGAGGAGAAUCGUAGUUUCCUCGACAACUGUAAGAUCUGGAAGAUAAUCGCACAGUUUUUGUUAAAAUCGCUAUUCUCCAUUCUAUCAGAAAGCCAUAAAGAGUUGUUCUCUACGAUGGCCCAGGAGGGUCACAGUCCAGUAUUGGUUUUUGACAGUUCAGUUUUGGUUUUACACAGUCCAGUUAUGGUUUUACACAGUCCAGUUUUAAUUUUUACACAGUCCAGUUUUAUUUUUUACACAGUCCAGUUUUAUUUUUUUACACAGUCCAGUUUUAUUUUUUUACACAGUCCAGUUUCAUUUUUACAGUCCAGUUUUAUUUUUUACACAGUCCAGUUAUAUUUUUUUACACAGUCCAGUUUUAUUUUUACACAGUCCAGUUUUAAUUUUUACACAGUCCAGUUUUAUUUUUUACACAGUCCAGUUUUAUUUUUUUACACAGUCCAGUUUUAUUUUUACACAGUCCAGUUUUAUUUUUUACACAGUCCAGUUUUAUUUUUUUACACAGUCCAGUUUUAUUUUUACACAGUCCAGUUUUAUUUUUUUACACAGUCCAGUUUUAUUUUUUGUGUGGUUACCAGACCUCUCUCGCGCUACUGCAACACUUGUUAUCUAACGGCAGCCAUUUUGUAUUUCCGUGCGACGAUGGAUUCAAUCAUCAGGCGGGCUGUUCGAGAGGAACUGAGACGUUCAAGUUCUAGUGGUCCAGAAACUGCGUCUUCUACUAAUCAAGAUGAUCAGGGAAGAAGUGAAAACAAAUCAGAUGCGGCUGGAUCAUCACGAAGUCCGUUUUCAUCACGAACAGUGGGCCGAUGUUUCUUAAACGAAGACCCAAAAACGAAGACCCAAGACCCCUUGGACUAAAACGAAGACCCCUGUGGAUUAAAUGAGAUGUGUUUACGGUGAUGAUGACAUCAGUUUUGUUUAAAUAAAAAUUUUUCACACUAUGUACAUUCGAGAAAGCUUUCGUAGUCUUGUGGUAACGUCCUUGCGUGCAUCGGAAGGUCUCUCGGGAUCGAAUCUUGCCAAACGGAAGUAUGUUUUUCCUUUCCUUUUUUUUUUCUUUCAUUUUUAUUUUGUUAUCAUUAUAACAACUGCUUGAGCCGUAAAAGAUGAGUCAUUUUUUACAAUAGAGGUCAGAAUAAAGUAACAGGGAUAUAAAUAUAACCCGGUAUGUAUACGAAUGAACCUUGCUUGCAUGAAACACGAAACUCUUUACUCGAGUGAUGUUCUCGAUAUCGACGGCUUUUUGUUCUAUUGAUGAGGUUAAAAGUAAUAAAAAGAGCGCGAGGUUCCCCUCUCCUUGAAUUCAUCAUUGCUAAAUGUCUCGUUAUUCCCUCCUUACGCCAUGGUCAUUUAUUUUGUUUUGCAAAUGUAUUGAUCGAUACAAUUGUUCGACAUUUUGGAACGCUAGAGCACGCGUUAUAUUUUCUUAGCCGUCGAUCGAAGAAAAGGUGGGUGAUAGACUUCAUUAUUACAAUUAAAUAGCGCAGAGGAAAUUCCACAACACUCCUAAAUCGCCGUAAGAGUUUAAUCCACAGGGGUCUUCGUUUUAGUCCAGAGGGUCUUCGUUUUAGUCCACGGGGUGUUAGGUCUUAGCCCGGGGGGUACUGGAUAUAUCCUUGGGUAUGGAGGUGCGGCCCGGCCCCGCCCCUUAUACCCUGAUCCUGUUUAAGACAAAAAUCGCUGAUUUUCCUACAAGUGUAAGACAGAAUUUCGAUUUUCAUACCCUGUUUAAGACAUUCGUAAAACAUAUAUACGCGCAGGCUGUUUAUCGUCCAAGAAAAGAUACCCUGUUUAAGACAAAAAUUGAUAAAAUCGAUACCCUGUUUGAGACAAAAAUCCCGAAAAACAUACCCUGGCUGGCUGCACGUCCCCGUUAAGCCCUUACAAGGGAGUACCCCCGGGGUCUUGGGUCUUUGUUUUAGAAACACCCCAAACGGUCCACUGUUCGUGAUGAAAACGGACUUCGUGAUCCAGCCGCAUCUGAUUCGUUUUCACUUCUUCCCUGAUCAUCUUGAUUAGUAGAAGACGCAGUUUCUGGACCACUAGAACUUGAACAGCUUGAACGUCUCAGUUCCUCUCGAACAGCAUGCCUGAUGAUUGAAUCCAUCGUCGCACGGAAAUACAAAAUGGCUGCCGUUAGAUAACAAGUGUUGCAGUAGCGCGAGAGAGGUCUGGUAACCACACAAAAAAUAAAACUGGACUGUGUAAAAAUAAAACUGGACUGUGUAAAAAAAUAAAACUGGACUGUGUAAAAAUAAAACUGGACUGUGUAAAAAAAUAAAACUGGACUGUGUAAAAAAUAAAACUGGACUGUGUAAAAAUAAAACUGGGCUGUGUAAAAAAAUAAAACUGGACUGUGUACAAAUUAAAACUGGACUGUGUAAAAAUAAAACUGGACUGUGUAAAAAAAUAAAACUGGACUGUGUAAAAAAUAAAACUGGACUGUGUAAAAAAAUAAAACUGGACUGUGUAAAAAAAUAAAACUAGACUGUGUAAAAAAUAAAACUGGACUGUGUAAAAAUUAAAACUGGACUGUGUAAAAACUAAAACUAGACUGUGUAAAACCAUAACUGGACUGUGUAAAACCACAACUGAACUGUCAAAAACCAAUACUGGACUGUGACCCUCCUGGGCCAUCGUAGUUCUCAUAGAAUCAAUUUUGUCGUAUUUAGUGUUUGCAUGUACCGAGGCCUUAUUUUGAUGGCGUGUAUAAACAUACUGCACUCAGUUAUAAGAGAAAGUUGAGUUCUUUUUUAACAUUUCCAGGUGCUCAACUUUCAAUGCCAUUGCCGCUGGUCAGAAUCACUUCAGCAUCACACCUUGAGAAAUCCGAUACCGACGGCUCAAUUGGUGACCCGUCACCUUUGUACUACAAACCACGACCGCUGACACAGAGCCUCAGAAAAGCGCCCAUCAGACUGGGCUCGAGAAAAGGCCUGCAAUUCGCCAAAGAAGAUAUGCAGAUUAUACCAGAUGUCGAGGUUAACUAAAGGAACCACUUGAUUUAAGUGAGGUCAUGUGGCCUUGGACAAUGUGGCAGCGGUUUUCCUCUAUUUUGAUGAUCUUUGUUCUCUCUGCGAAUAGUUUAUCGUUCUUUCAAUGUUAGGAAACUAAUUCGUGUUAAUUAUAAAUAAAUUAUCGUCGGCCAUCCUUCGUCACAGCAACUUCGAGAAUUAAAAUUAAAUAAGCUCUUGGGGCUGUGUGAGCUGCUUAAACCUGAACAAACAACUAACUCAGCUGGCGGCUUAAUGCAGUUUUGUUCAUUAUCCCUGAGUUUAAGCGAGGAAAUAUGCCGCGACAAUAAUUAAAAUGAAGUUAUAUUAGAGAAAAAUAGCUUUUUCUUUUAUGUAAGGAAAUUUAUUUAUUUGAGACGUUUUGUUUAAGACAACAAAGUUAUUUAUUGCCCAAAUAGGGCAAAAUUUUUAUUUUAGUUUAUUUAUUUAUUUUUUCAUAGCAAUGAUCCACAAUCAUUUAGAUUGGAGAUUUGACUGAAGCAGAAAUUAGAGAUGUACAGCUGAUCUUGACUGUUUUUGUAUGUAAAUAACGAUUUAGAUUCCUUAAUAAACGACUAC